AUGGAACUGUACUCGCGUCUUGCUCUUGGUGACGAUGAAAAGACAGCACUGUUCGUGUAUUUUACUAAGAACCUUGCUCAGAAAGCAGAAGCAGCUGCAGUUCUACCAGUCUGUAAAGAUGACACUGCCAGGUCAACGCUCCAAGACCCGAUUUGCGAUAGAGAUUUACACAUCUAUAUCAUUGUUGCGCAAUUCUUUGAAAAAAAAAGUCAUCUUCCUACGCGUCAGGUUCGCCAGCCCGUGCAUCGUUAUAUGAUUGCGAAGAAAGGAUUAAACGGUGAUGCUGAAGAUGCGGAGGCCAGUUUUACGUGGAAUUAUAUCAGGCCGAUGACUUCCUCUAUGGUAGAAAUGGAACAUGAUAUAGACUGGUUUGCCAGCGAUUGA